AUGUCACAAGAGCAACAUCCUGAGAAGCGAAUUAAUUCGUAUCCAAAGGUAAAAGCUCUUAUUGAAUCAGACACUUUGCCCCUAACUUCUCACUCAAACUCAAUAACCGACCACCCCGACUACCUCCGCUUAAUUUUAACCUCACGCGUAUACGAAAUUGUUAAAGAGACACCACUACAGCGCGCAAACAACUUAUCAAAUAGACUACGUAAUAAAAUUUACCUCAAACGUGAGGAUUUGCAACAAGUGUUUUCAUUCAAGAUACGAGGAGCUUAUAAUAAAAUUGCGCAUUUGUCCGACGAGGAAAGGAAAAAUGGGGUUAUCGCUUGUUCAGCUGGAAACCAUGCUCAAGGAGUCGCCUUGUCAGCAAAACAUCUUGGUUUGCCAGCAACCAUUGUAAUGCCAAUAGCAACACCUGCUAUAAAAUGGCAGAAUGUACAUAGACUAGGCGCUAAAGUUUUAUUACACGGAGCAGAUUUUGACGAGGCAAAAAAAGAAUGUGCUCGUCUAGAGGCUUUACACCAACUCACAAACAUUCCCCCGUAUGAUGACCCGUAUGUAAUUGCAGGUCAAGGCACGAUAGCAAUGGAAAUUUUGCGUCAAAUUAAUUAUAAUGAGAUCGACGCGAUUUUCGCUUGUGUUGGUGGAGGAGGUCUAAUAGCUGGAAUUGGAAGCUAUGUGAAAAGAUUAUGUCCUAAAAUAAAGAUAAUUGGCGUGGAAGCCUGCGACGCAGACGCAAUGACAAUAUCGUUAAAAGAAGAUAAACGUGUUUUACUGAACGAAGUAGGAUUGUUUGCUGAUGGUGCUGCUGUUCGGAUUGUAGGAGAGGAAACAUUCCGAUUGUGUCGAGAGGUUGUGGAUGAGAUGAUAACAGUUACUAACGACGAAAUAUGUGCGGCGAUAAAAGAUAUUUUUGAAGAUACUCGUUCGAUUGUUGAGCCGGCUGGAGCACUCUCAGUUGCUGGUGCAAAGAAAUACAUCGCUGAAAAUAAUCUGGAGGGACGUUGCCUUGUUGCUAUUGCAUCUGGUGCCAAUAUGAAUUUCGAUCGCUUGAGAUUUGUGGCCGAGCGUGCAGAGCUCGGAGAACAUCGGGAGGUUUUAUUUUCGGUCAUCAUUCCAGAACAUCCUGGAAGUUUCAUUCAACUUUAUAAUCACAUUCACCCGCGACCUAUAACAGAAUUCUCAUACAGAUAUGCGGACCACUCUGAACAAGCCUGUAUAUAUAUGUCAUUUGGGGUCCAGAACCGUGAAAAGGAAGUUCCAGAGAUUCUGGAAGAACUACGAAAAAACGGAAUGCAAGGACAGGAUAUAAGUGAUAAUGAGAUGGCAAAAAGCCAUGCAAGAUAUUUAGUUGGGGGUAGAAGUCGCGUUGAAAAUGAACGGUUGUAUAGAUUUGAAUUUCCAGAAAGACCUGGAGCACUACAGAAAUUUUUGUUUGGAUUACGUUCUGGAUGGAAUAUUUCAUUGUUUCAUUAUCGGAAUCAUGGCUCUGAUGUAGGCAAAGUUCUUAUAGGAGUUCAAGUACUGCCAGAAGACAUCCCAGCCUUCGAACUCUUCAAAAAUAAGCUUGGUUAUGUUGCUAUAGACGAAACAGAUAAUUCGGUGUAUAAACAAUUUUUGAAAUAG